AGUACCUGCGGGAGCUGCUGCUCUGGGCCGAGAGCCUGGACAGCCUGGCCGGCGUGCUGCUCUUCACCGUGGGCUUCAUCGUCGUGUCCUUCCCCUGCAGCUGGGGCUACAUCCUGCUCAACGUGGCCGCCGGCUACCUCUACGGCUUCGUGCUGGGCAUGGGGCUGAUGGUGCUCGGCGUCCUCGUCGGCACCUUCGUCGCCCCCGUCGUGGAGGGCGGCAGCGGUCUCAAGGUGGUGGCUCUGGCGCGGCUGACGCCGAUCCCCUUCGGGCUGCAGAACGCCGUCUUCGCGAUUACAGAUUUGUCACUACCCAACUACCUGAUGGCUUCUUCAGUUGGGCUGCUACCUACUCAGCUCCUGAACUCAUACUUGGGCACUACCUUGCGCACCAUGGAAGAUGUGAUUGCAGAACAGAGUGUUAGUGGCUAUUUUAUAUUCGGUUUACAGAUUGUCAUAAGCAUAGGACUCAUGUUUUAUGUCGUUCACCGAGCUCAAGUGGAACUGAAUGCGGCUAUUGCAGCGUGUGAAAUGGAAAUGAAGACGUCGUUUGUUAAAGACAGUCAGCCAAGCAUCAGUGGUUCAACCACAUACUGCAACAAAAGGACAGUGGCAUUCUCUGGAGGAGGUGUCAAUAUUGUGUGAUUUCAAGUAUUAAUAACGCAAGGUUUUGUGAACCUAA